ACCAGGCGCUCCGUUCCUGUGAGCCAGCCCCUUCCCUCACUCACCAGCGUCCUGAGAGUGGAACGCGGCACUCGGGCUGGCUCGCCGGCUGCCUCCGCCGCCGGGCAGCACUAGCGUCUGCAUCUGCCGGACCAGUUCGAGCACGCGGUCCCAGUGGCCCUCGGCGCGGCACCGCUCUAGUUCGCUCUCCAUCUUCAGCAGAGUUCAUCUUUCCAACCUGACGCCCCCCACACUAACUAGACGCUGUCCUCUGAGGAAUCCUGUUGCCCUGGAUUUCUUAAAGGAUAUCACUUUCAAGUACAUGAUCUUGGGAAAAGGACCUCAAGCCUCAGAGGAGGGACCCCUGCCCCAGCCAGCACCUUCAUUUCAGCCUUGUGAUACUCUGAGCAGAGAACCUAUUUAAUCCCUGUGUGGAUGGAUCUACAGAACUAUGAGGUACCUGUAACCAUGAGGUCCCUGCAGCUGCUCAGAAUCUCCUUCCUGUGCGGCCUGCUGUGGGUCUGUUGUGCCCCAAGGGCCAGGGCUGAGGAGCCUGGGGCCAGCGCCCCUCCUGGCAGCGUGGGCCUCGAUAAGAACACGGUGCACGACCACGAGCAUAUUAUGGAACAUCUAGAAGGCGUCAUCAACAAACCAGAGGCGGAGAUGUCCCCACAAGAACUGCAGCUCCAUUAUUUCAAAAUGCAUGAUUAUGACGGCAAUAAUUUGCUUGACGGCCUAGAACUCUCCACAGCCAUCACUCAUGUCCAUAAGGAGGACGGGAAUGAACAGGCACCACCAAUGAGUGAAGCUGAACUGAUUAACUUAAUAGAUGGUGUUUUAAGAGACGAUGACAAGAACAAUGAUGGAUACAUCGACUAUGCUGAGUUUGCAAAGUCCCUACAGUAGACAUUAUUUGGCCAUGUCCUAGGUAUAUGCAAAUGUGACCUGUUAUAAUGUGACUAAACGCUUUCGGUAAUGCAAAGUAACUCAUUUCUAACUACUGCUACAGUGUUUUGAUUAAAACCUAUAGCAGUUUGUUACACUGGGGUGAGAAAAGGAAAUGAAGAGAAAUAGAAGAGAAAUGGGGCAUAUUGUAGUCUCCAAGUGCUGUUGAAUCUCUUACUGGAUGAGGGCCUGAUUAAACAGUCCUUUUGAGAAUACUAGAUAAUUGGAGCUGCGUGCUCAGGAAUCACACUGUAGAACACUGCUGGUCUUUUGGUUUUAAUCCACACUGUCAGGAAAGUAAGAUAAGCUUUGCCAAGUGAACAUACUUUUCAGUAACAGUGAAGGAAUGGAAUGAAUACCAGAUGUUUUCCCUGGUGGAUCCUGCCUCUUUAGGUAAGUGGGGUCAGUAUUCUAGAAAGUUCCCCUGGGCUAAAUAAGCACUUGCUCUGGGCAAGUGAGUAUUAGGCUAUUUCAAAGCCACAGCAUAAGAAGAAUCUCACAUAUUAAGUCUAGCUAAUCAUAGAGUAUAAGAAUAUUCUCUUACCUUCUGGGGCUUGGAAAUGAUACACCACUGAAAACCUUUGAAGUUUUUCAAUAUUUUAUAAAACUACUACCAUAUCUUAUACUUUAUUUCAUUGAUGUCUUCAAUCUAGGGGAGACCUUGAAUUUAAAGGUGUUCUUUAUUCUAAUCAUUAGCAAAUGUUUUAGCUUUCUUAAUAUUUGUAUUUAACUCUUGUUUUUAGGGUUUGAUUUUUGAAGUUUAGAAACUAUUGGGAAUGUAAGGACUCAUCCCUUUUGCUUGAUACGGUGGGGGUAAAACAACUAGCUGGUCCUGCCUAAGUGAGAAGUGAAAAGACCAUUCACCAAGCACCAUGAUUCACCUGAUAAAAUUAGAAGAAAUGUUGUUUAAACAGACUCUUCUGGCUUAAAUAUGUGAAUUCCUUCAGAUCAGGAAAGAAUAGAAAAAGAUGCCUAAAAACUCUUAAUAGUGUGAAUCUUAUAGUUGAAAAUGAGAAGCAGCAGCAAAUUGUAAUUUGGUUUAUUGGAUGUGAUGGACGCGCUGUGAUAGAAAACCUGAAAUGAUAGUUGAAUGGGAAAAACUGCAUAAAGUUUGCUGUAAGAUGUAUAGAGAUUUAUUUUCUUUAUUAAAGUAUUCUUAUAAGAAAACAUGUAUUUGUAAAAAUGGUUUCCUGUGUCACGUAUUUGUGCAAUCAGAGCUGAAUUGUAAAGUAUUCUUGUAAUAUCGUAGCUAUUUUGAAAACUUUAUAUAAUGAUUCUGGAUAUAUGACUAAUAAAAGUGAUGAAACAAAGAGCAUUUGAUUUUAUCCACA